AUGCCAUUGCAUUCUCCUCGUUUUAUCCUUUGUGAGCUUCGUCCGCUUGCCCUCACACAGCAAUACGUUCGGCUAUCUCCAAAACGUGACAAUACCGUAAAGCUGGAGCUCCCAUCCAUCUCGUCGGUCCACGCCCGCGGCCCAGUCGACACUUGGUACAACUCCCACUACCAGCCCAAGCCUGCAGUGUCGAGCGAGCGACUACCGGCCCUAACCCACAUCCAACCCCACACAGGCGCUUCGUCGACUUCCUCGUCGCCUCGAAACAAUUCCAUCAGCUCUGGUUCCAUUGGCAGCGGAAGCGCGGGCUCCAACACGUCCUACGCCGCCUCCAUCAACGGCCAGACUGCGGGCUUCAAGACGCCAUCCCCGGAGCACACUCCCUCCUCGCUCAGCCGUGACGGUCAGCCAUUGAAUGCACAGUCGCAGCAGAGCCCUCCUUACGGAACUCAGGACAGCUACGGCUUUGCCCCAGUCGCCUACAACAGCAUGAACCAGAUGCAAUCGUAUGCUGACGUGCAUUCAUCCCACAUGUCUGCUGCUACCCAACACGCCCCAGCUUCGGGUCCUCCUUCGGGACUCCCACACUACGCAUAUCCACCGCAUUCCUCCAUGAUGCAGCCUCAACAACAACAGCAACAGUAUGGACCUACCCCGCCUGGAUAUCCACCAUAUGGCUAUCCCAAUGGCGUCCCAUCACAGAUUCCUGCUUCUUCUUCAAUGAACAAUGCCUUGGUACCGUCAACCCUGCAGCUUCCCGCCAUGUCAUCUGGAGCACCCGCUUCGUCACUACCGGGCGCACAGAGCUAUCAGACGCAUACCUUUGACCACACUGGACAAGUCGCUCCGCCUGGAAUGAAGCCCCGUGUAACCGCCACGCUGUGGGAAGACGAAGGUAGUCUCUGCUUCCAAGUGGAGGCGAAGGGCGUGUGCGUCGCUCGUCGCGAAGACAAUCACAUGAUCAACGGCACAAAGCUUCUAAACGUGGCUGGAAUGACUCGAGGCCGCAGAGACGGCAUCCUGAAGAGCGAAAAGACACGUCACGUCGUCAAGAUAGGGCCAAUGCACCUCAAGGGUGUCUGGAUUCCCUUCGAGCGAGCACUGGAGUUUGCAAACAAAGAGAAGAUCACAGAGCAGCUCUAUCCUCUAUUUGUUCAUGACAUUGGCGCUCUACUGUACCACCCCUCGAAUCAGACGAGGGCAAGUGUAGGAGGCGCCGCCAUGGCUGCUAUAGAUCGCAACCGGAGACCUGACCCUAUGCAGACUCAGCAGCGAUAUCUCACUGGGCCAACCGCAUCGCAACCGCCGUCUCUUCAUCAUCACCACUCGAUGAGCAACCCAAUUGGAGGCGCAAUGUCGCAACCCCCACAUGCUAUUCAACCAAACCCCUCAUCUGGACGCCCAGGCCUCGAUCGGGCCCAUACUUUCCCCACUCCUCCCACAAGCGCGUCAAGCAUCAUGGGUAUGGGUAAUCAAGGUAGCUCCUAUGAGUGGAAUGGUGCCAAUGUGCAACAUGCUCCUGGCAGCCAGCCCCUCUCCAUUGACACGGGUUUGAGCAACACACGGUCCGUUCCCAACACACCUGCAAGCACGCCACCGGGUGCUGUGCAGCAGGGCAUCUCUUACGGAUCUGCACAGAGUUACGAUGGCUCGAGGCCCAUGUACUCUGCACCUCCUUCUCAGCCUGGCCAAUACGCUCCUCAAGGCCAGCCCAUGAUUCAAUAUCGGACUGACGGCGGCCCUUACCCAAAGACGGAAAUGGCGCCACCUUCUCGUAUUAGCGAUGUCACAGAUGAGGGUGACGUCAAGCCAGCGGACGGCAUGAUGCCACAAGGAAAUGACCAAGUGUCUGCUCCCGCUGGUGGCGAAGGUGAUCAUGAGCAGGACCACGAAUACACGCAUUCCAGCGCCCCGUACAAUGGAAACAGGGGUCCGUACGGCUACAAUCCUAACGGAGGGCCCGGACCAAUACAUCCUGAACAUGCCCACUUGUCUCCGGAAAUGACUGGGUCUCCUCACCAGAAUGGCUCUGGACGUGCCACACCGCGAACAACGGCGACUGGCCAACCACAGUGGAACUCAGGAUACCCCACUCCCCAACGUCAAGCGCCACCGUCUAGUAACCUGUACACGGUCAUGACGGAUCCUCGCGGUGCUCCUAAUGGCAACGCAGCUCAUGACGCUUAUCCUGGCCCUGGUGCCGUCUCGCAGUAUUCGAACCAAGGGUACCCUCCGACAAACGGAGUGAACGCCAGUGGCAAGCGUGGUCGCGACGAAGAGGACCAAGACCCAUAUCGUCCAGACAGCGUUCAGGGAGACGAUAUAGGCGGCCUCAAGAGACGCAAGACCAUGGAAGGUGGUGCCGUUGGCCCCACUUAUGCCCAAGACCCGUCCCCUGGCAUUCAGCGUGCACAUACCAUGACUGCUCAACGCGCCAGGAGGUAA